GUAUAAACCAGCAUCUGCAGUUUAUUAGUCAUCAUUAUAUUUGUAAAAAUCGGACCAAAUGGAGGGGGGUAGUAAUUAAUUACAAUGGGAAGAAUCUCAUCAGCAUGGCCACAUGUGACUUUGCCAGGAAUGGUAAGUUUAUCCUUUUCUGACCCGCUGAGUUAUUCCAAAACUGGACCGUGUUGACUAGCAGCUUUGCGCAGAUGCGGGCGAUCUUUGGUUUUGGCUGCUGUGGUGGAGCCCGGGAAGCAUGGCGAGGGCUAUCUGCAUAUUAACUGGUUACCUCCGUGCUUUUGGAGUCGUUCGCCUCAGUUUGAAUGAAAGUGGAUGUUUGACCAUAUCAGGAGAAUUUUCUGGACUGCCCCCGGGAAAGCAUGGACUUCACGUUCAUUGUUUUGGUGACAUAUCAAAUGACUGGAUAAGUGCAGGACCUCAUUACAAUCCGUACAACAAAACAAAUGGAGCACAACAAGAAAACAGAUAUGCAGGAGGUCUGGGCAUUGUAAAUGUAAAUGAAGAUGGGUUGGCCAAAGUGGAUCUGCAGGUAUCCCAUCUCCAUCUGACAGGAAUUAAUUCUAUUAUUGGACGAACACUGGUGAUUCACCAAAGUGAAGAUGAACCAGGCAAAUCUGAUAAGGACGAUAGCACAACGGCAGGAAGUGAAGGAUCUGGUGUAGCCUGGGGAGUGAUUGGAAUUUGUCAGAGCAAUAUUUCCGAGGAAUACUUGGAAGAAAAAAAUUAAGCAACAAAGAUAAAUGUAUUUUGUACCAAGAGCUGUAUCUUGUCUUGAAACAUUGGUAAAUAUUCUUUGUGGAUGUGCAAAAACACAAAUGUUUUUGUUCAUUUUUUUUUUCAAUUUCCAUUGCAUGUGAAUUUUGCAAAUGAAUUAAUGUGCAGUUCUUCAGAAUUUUUGUGUAACUUUAUUAUAAUCAAAAGACAGUUGUCUAGUUCUAUUCUGCACCAUAUUUCCAUCUUGUAAACGCUGCUGCAGCAUGAUUUUUAAAAUGUUGAAUCUAUUAAUAUAUUUAACUAAUAUUAACAUUUGUCUAAUGGUAAAAGUAUUUUAUAAUAUAUGUUGAAUUACAUGUUAAUAUUGGGAACUGCCCUGUUGAAAUGCGGCAUGUUCAUUUUCUUGGGGUAGUCUGUACCAAAAUCUAUACUUUCGAUUCUGUUGAUUAAUUAAUGAUUAAAAAUAAA